AUGAUCUCCCUCACACAGCAGGUGACCCUGUAUUUCGGAUCACGUGCUGCGCCAUCCAGUCAAGUCGCUGGUGGUGUCAAGUUGCGCAACUCAGCAGGUGUGGAGACAGUUCAGGACUUUGAGCUGCAAUGUUCGCCUCCGGAGCCUCUGGAUCCUUCGCUGACGACAGCUGCACAGUGGGCAACAGCAAUCAUCGAUGGAUGCAGCUCUGGCCUGGCAAAAGGCCGGCUGAUUGGCGACAGCUCUUCCAAAAUCACUUGCUACAAGCACUACCCGGGCAUCGAGGCUUUGGACUCGGAGGUGCGCAGCAACCUUCACUUCCUGGCUGUGGGGGAGACGAACGGUGCAGCUACUGACCUGGUCCCUUCUACAGCUGCAGGCUUAGUCAGGAGCUUUUGGGUGGUGCCCAUCGACGGAAUCUCAACUGGGUGGUGGGCUAUCAGUCAAGUGUUGGACGGACCGCAGCCCGUGGAGCCGUGCGUGGACCUGAUCAGGGGGAGUUCUCGUGAGAUGUAUCCCUGCUCCUUAGGGCUUUCUGGCCGUUGGUGGUGGUUUCAUCUUGCACCUGCUGGUGCAGGCAGAGCCUGCAGUACUCCCGUCAACUCCAACAAGAACCGAAAGUCUGAUAUCAAGAGCGACAACGUCGCGACUUUCUGCUCCAGCGCCCCCGACGGCUUCCUUUGCCCCAUUGUGUGCAAGAACAGUCGGAGACCUUUGGGAGAGGUUCAGUGUGAGGAUGGUACAUGGUCCAUCACAUUGAAGUGCCGACCUGCGGAGAAGGUCUGCUUAUCUGGCCUGUCACAGGUGAAUGUUGAUAAGGAUGGGCAGAGUCUGCAGCUAUCCGGCAUAAUUCCAGACGGGAGAUCGGAAUGUGACCUUUUCACCCGAAAGGGAAAGAAGUGUGGAGCCCUCUGCGCCACACGAGGCGAUGUCUCAACGGGGCAGGUCAAGUGCAGAAGAAGUGGCGGCAGACCCGCCGCAUGGGAGGCAUUGAGAAGCUUUCAGUGCCAACCGGCCAGCACGGACGGUCUGGUGAACCAGCCCAGGAUCUCUUCCUUCCAGCCUGACAGCGGCAGCCUCCAGAUCAUAGCGGACCUCAUCAGGGAUCCAUCGAAAGUGCUGUCUCCAGUGGAGAUGUUUUAUUUCCGGGAUCCGACUGGCACAUUGACCUGCACCACCGCGCAGAAUGUCUUGGAGCUGACAAGGAACAGCCAGAACGACGAGCCCGACGACCCGGACGAGGACCAGGAAGACGAGGGCCCCGAGGGCGGAUGGGACUCCUGUGAAGCCGACUCAGAUUUUGAGCUCCAGAGCAGCCAGUGCUUCCCGGAAAGCGAUGAGGGCAGCGAGUGCGCAUCUUGCUCGGGCCUAGAUCUGGAGAAUCCGGAGUGCUGGUCCAAGAGCACCCGCAGUCGUGACUGUGGCACCAACCCACGAAGCGGCGACUACCUGAGCUGCGCCUUCACUGGUCAAUUUGCAGGGCAGGCAGAGGUUUGCUUCUCGAAGCCGCCCGAGGGCUUCUGCGUGAAAAAGGUCUGUGCCAUGCACGGCAACACAAAGUCAUGCAGGUCAUACAACCCUCCGAGCUCUGCGCAAUUCUGCGCCGGGCAGGUGCAAAUCCAGGAACCCAUCGAUCAUGUGGUGAUUCGCUACACUUGCUGCAACCCAAAUCUUGUGACUGUCGUGGGCAGCUGCGGUGGUGGCAUCUACAGUUCUGGGCGAAGGCUGCAAAGCGACCCAAACGCGAACGUUCAGAUCAUGCCAGGUGCAGAGAAUCGUGCUGGCACCUCCUGGGGACUCCCUGCACCGGUUGCAUGUGCUCCGAUUUCCCUGGCCAAUGAGCUCAACAAAGAUCAAUACGAGAUUCCCGAGAAGUGUUCCCGGCUGAUGCCUGGGGAGAGCUGCGAAGUGGGCUGCAGCUCCAACUACAUCUUGCAAAGGAAACCCGACCAGGGGAUCUUCAAAUGCGAUCUUGGGAUGGACACGCCACCUACCGGCACCUUCCCCGAAUGCAAGCUGAAGCCGGCUGGGCAGAUGGUGGUUGCUGGGUUCAAUGCCCAGCAGGUGUCCACCACAACGACUACAACGACCAUACCAGCACUCUGUCAGGCCUGUGCGGAUAUUGGUAACUUCAACGACGCGCGCUUCGAGCAAUGUCGGUUCUGGGGUGAUCCGCACAUCACGAAGAGCUGGCGACCCAAGUCGCGAUUCAAUUUCCAAGACACGGGCAUUCAUCGCUAUGCCCGCACAAACCAAUGUGCCGGCAACUUCGAGAUCCACGUGUUCCAGUGUCAGUACAACAACGGAAGGAAUGCAGUUGCCACAGGGGUUGCUGCCAGGAUGAAUGGGAACGAGACCAUUUUCAUCAGCGAUCGCCGCGUUGAAUCCAGUGGGGGCAUAUACGUAGAGCCAGACUCUGGGGCCAUCUUGAACGACAAGAUUGGCGUGAAUGUGCAGAGUCAGGAUGAGUGUGUCUUCUUCAAUGUGAAUGUGAAGCAGAUCACCAAACAGCCGGGCUUCCUGCACAAUUUCAAGCUGAGUAUGUUGGCGGAGGACAUUACUGCGGAUGGAAUUUGUGGAGCUAUCGAUCUCAAAUCCCAAUACAUUGACCCGAACUCCUCGCAAAUGAUCUUCACGCCGCAGCAGCACGAGUACUUGUGCAACCAGUGCAUGGGUGCAGGUGCCACUCCACCUCGCGGCUGCGUGCCGGACUCGAAUUCCCCAGCGCCGCCGCCAGCAGCAGGGAACCUGCCACCAGGCUGCGAUUUCGUGGCGCCAUUGACCGGCACCGAUCAGGUGUGCACAACAGACGAUGACCCACGCUACGCUCAGCUGGAGGACAAUGGUCAGAAUUGCGCGGUUUAUGCUGUGCUGAGAAGAAGAAAGAGCUGCAAUGAAUUCUGCCAGGAGAGGGGCAGCAUAUGCGUGGAUGCCAAGGACAACUAUAGACAGCCUUGCGUAUUUGACGAGGGCAAAUACCAGGCUGGAGAACGGUGCUCCGGAAAGUCCCUGAAUGACCUCAUGUGUGUCUGUCGGAAGCCAGACAAUCCGAAUCCUGGCACGACAACCAUUGAAGCUUGCACCACCGGCGAUGUCACGCUUCAGCAAGCAGAGGCCCUCUGCAAAGCCAAUGACUUCCUCCAGGGUGCCGCCUGGCCCCCGCGCUAUGAGGAGGCGGGCCUUGUGACCACCACAGAGCAGGAUGAGUUGGAUGACAUGCUCAAGGACUGCAUGAUCGACGCCUGCAGUGGAGGUGCGGAAGAUGCCGCCAUCUUAGCCCAGAACCUGGUGACGGAGAACCCGCAGGUAGUGGUGCGAUCCUGUGCUUUUACUGAAGGGAGGCAAUAUGAAGUGGGCAGUGGUGCAUAUCCCUGCAGCUGUGGAGGAGUGGAGUGCCAGAUUGGAGAGGUCUGUGUAAUCUCCAAUGACACAGGCAGCUGCGAGCUCCUCACUACCACAGCAACGGUGACAUCGUUUACGGUGACUUCUUCUGCGACGAGCACCAGCAGUACCAUCAGCACAUUCACAUCCUCUUCUACAACGAGGACGCUGACACGCAGCUCUACCACGACCCUCACGACAACCAGCCUGUCAACUUCCUCAACUUCCAGGACCUUGAGCAUCACUUCGACGACUUCACUCUCAGCAACCAGCACGACGUCAUCAUCCACGACGUCCGGCACGUCAAGCUCUACCACAGCCACCGGAACCUCGACAACAACAGCUUCCAUCUCUAGUACUACCACAUCUACGAGUGGGACGUCUAGCACCACAGAAACCAGCACGAGAAGCUCCACGAGCAAAACCACCUCUUCCACCUCCUCCGCAACCUCGACGGCAACCACCGCAACUGUCAGCACGACAAGUUUUACAUCUACCAAUUCCCUGACCACAGUGACUUCCACUUCAAGCACCGCCACAUCUGUGACCGCGUCUUCCACCUCCUCUACGACGGCAAGCACUAGCACAGCAACGGCUACAAGUACUGAGUCCAAGCUGAAUUCGUGUUUCUCUGGAGGGCUCUUGUGUUUGGUGUCAAAUUGGUCAGCUGUCUUUCACCUUGGCCGCUUUGGCCAUUGCAAUCACGUGGCACAGCGGAAAGUUAGGCACAGCGCGCGCAUGCUUUCGAAAGAAUUGGGGUGCUGCUAG